AUGGUGAUGGUGCACGUAUUGCACCUGGGACCGACUCUGAACUUGCAGCGCAGCACCUGGUUUCUGGUUCUGCUCGGGUGCACAAUGGUGGAGAGGCUGUCAGCCUUUGCGUCGGACAUUGCCAUCGAGAGAGAUUGGAUAACCCAGCUAUCUGGGAAGACCAAUCCAGAAGCAUUGUCCACCAGCAACGCCAUCCUGAGGAGGAUGGACAUGCUGUCAGAGAUGGUGGGCACGCUGUGCUUCGGCUGGUGCUUCACCCAGCUGGGCCCUGCCAAGGCGCUGAUUGCCCUCGUCGCCUGUGCUGCUGUGGGCCUGCCCCUCGAGCUCUGGCUCCUCGACAAGGUUUCUGAGGCGACACCGAGAGUGAUGGUGCGAGUGCGCAGCCUGGCAAUGGAGCGGGCGGCCAACCCGAUGGCGCCUAGCCCCUAUGCUGACCGCCACAUCCUGCGCGGCAUCCUCUACCAGCUCGGCCUGCAGAUGCAGCAGACGAUGUGGGGGUGGAGGCUGUAUCUGAAGCAGCCGAUUCUGCCGGCCAGCAUCGCGUACAUCAUGCUCUACUUCAACGCAGUGCUGGGCCCUGGCGGCCUCAUGACGGCCUUCCUGGCCUCAAGGGGUCUCAGCGGCACUGCUGCUGCCCUCUUUAGGGCGGCGGUUCUGUACAAGAGGGUGCUGCAUAUGCCGCUGGAGGUGCUUGCCUCUGAUGCGGUUGGGCUGCUGGGAGGCACUGUCAUGGGCAUCCCAGUCGCCGUCGCUGUGUUUUCAGCGCUGAUCAUGCUCUCGCGCAUCGGCCUCUGGUCUUACGACAUGGUGGACUCUCAACUCUUCCAGAUGGCGGUGCAGCCGAAGGAGGCGGCGUCAGUGUCAAGUGCUGAGGUGGCGCUCUGCAGCGGCAGCGAGCUGGUCAUGCUGGGAAUCGCGGCCUCGCUGGCGGAGCCGGCCUCCUUCUCGCUGCUGGUCAACCUGUCGGCCGCCGCCGUGCUGAGCGCCGCCUGCCUCUACUCCGCAUGGGUCUUCUGCUGCGACGGCCAGCGCGCACUGCAGGGCGCCCUCGGCACCGCCUGA